AUGGGCAUCGUGACCUUGUAUCUUGCGUGUGCUGGACGCCAGAUGGACGUCUGCAUGCUCAAGAUGAUGGAAGAUCUUACGAAUAAGCCUGAAUGGUGGCAAAAGAUAUGGGAUCCCGAAAUUUCUGCAAAAUGGAGGCAAGAGGCGUUACAGAUGAACUGGACCAGGUAUCGAAAGUUUGCAGAUUUUACGCAUGCCAUGGCUGAUGCUUGUGUCGCUGAGCUGCGCAAGAAAGCAAAGAUUUGCGAGGCAAACUAUGAGUGCCACCCCUGGAACCGGCCGGUUGGGGACGACGAGGCUGCGCGCAUCGAAGAUGACCAGGCCGAGGAUGAAAGACUGAACCCUGACCGACAAGAGGAUAGCGACAGCGAAGAAAGUGACGACGAAGAAGGCAACAGCGAAAAGCCAGUGCUCUUUAAAUUACGCCCUCAAGACGUCAAGACGUCCGGUUACUUUAACAAUGCAUCUCGCAUACAAAUCAUUGUCAAGCUCGCCAACAUCGAGUUGACGCCCGAGCAUCCCGUCUAUACCGGCGGCUCCUGGCAUAUCGAAGGGCUGCUUAACGAGCACAUUUGUGCGAGCGCACUUUUCUACUACGACAGCGAGAACAUUACCGAGUCACGCCUGGCGUUCCGAUCCCGGUGUGACGAGGAGGAGCUCCGGAUGGUUCGCUACGAGCAGAAUGACCACUACAACAUCUCUCGCACCUUUGCAAUCAAUGCCGAUCGUGGGCACGACACGGUUCUCCAAGAGAUAGGCUCGGUCCUUACGUGUCAGGGACGGGCUGUGUUCUUUCCAAAUAUCGUGCAGCAUCGCGUCAUGCCCUUUUCGCUUGCAGACCGCGGCAACCCAGGUCAUCGCAAGAUUUUGGCGCUUUUCCUGGUCGAUCCGGCCAUUCCCAUUAUUUCAAAAGCCAAUGUCCCACCACAGCAGCCACACUGGAAUGGUGGCUAUAGGCAGGGCAAUUUAGCUGCGAGUGACAUUAUAUACGAGGAUGAGGCCAAGGAUAUUCGGCUCAGCCUCAUGUCUGAGCGAUCCAUGUUGCAGAGCAAGGUAAACGACGACCUCGAUUCAGUGACUUUUAAUUUCUGCGAGCACUAA